AUGUGCUAUAUCUACUCUGCAUUUGACAACAUUAAUACGGCCACUGGCCAAUUGGGUAACGUUUUCAUUUUAUCGUUAAAAAAUUAAAUUUUUGCUCUGUAAAAUUUCCUAAAAUCACAUUAAAUAUUAUUUUUAAAUUUAAAAAUUUCAAAAUACAAACACUUUUCCAAUUUGUUUGCCGACUUCAGCGUUUGUCCCGGCCUUCAAACAGCAUCCUGUCCUCGCCCACCUCAACUGCUCGGCCUUUUUUAAUCCCGAAUCUGAAGCCUAUAAAACAUAUUCGGAGGUCAAAAUCAUCGAUCCAGAACGAUUGCCAAUGGAAUGUAAAGACAUUAGAGACAGAGGCAACUUUGUUACUCGCGUUUAUGAUGAGGAAAGGGAUUUUCCAUUGGCAUUUGCGAGGGCUACGUACACGGUGGGUUAACUGAAGGCGUCCUAUUUGAAGGAUGUGCAAUAUUUUUUUUAAUAAAUACAAAAACUAUGACUAAAAAUCCCCUCUGAAACUGCAGGACUACAUUUUCCAAGAGUCCGAGCUCUCCGCCAAUUACAAUCCCAACAAUGUGUACUGUUAUGUCCUGGACAGUAAAGCCGAUGACACUUUCAAACAUCGGAUGCGAGCUCUUGGGAAGUGCUUCGGCAAUGUGAUUGUAGCUCAUAAAGAGUUCAAUAUGCAUGCAGGAGGGGAGAAUAUAAUCCCAGCGCAACAACAUUGCUUGGAGUUGCUGUUGGGGAGGAGAUUCAAAUACGUAGUUAUCAUGGAGGUAAGGGAGUGUAAUUUAUAAUAUUUGCCAAAUCUUUGAACUUUUUAUUGGUAAAUGAAACAAAUUCAAAUUUUAGAAUUUUGACAUGCUAAUCAAGACAAAUUAUGAGUUGGUAAGGAUCUUCCAAGUCUAUAACGGAUCGAACGAUGCGAGUGCCCAGAGUUCGAAUGCCUUGUACGGAGGGAGAAAAGAUUUCGCCGAAAAAAGUGACUGGAGCUUGAAGAAUUUGCAGAUCUUUCGAAAUAGUAAGCCUGCUUUUAAUUUAGACUGAGCAGUAAAAUAACCAACCAUUUUCUUUGCCCUUGGCUAUAUCGCAAUUCUCUUUAACAGAUUGAUCCUUAAAAAUUCAACCAAUUUUAUAUUGCACAUGCCAUUAAACCCUUUUCAGCCUCGCUAAACUCGCCUGACAUCAAACUAGUGCCAGUCAAAAGUCUAACCCAAUCAGCCUUCUCAUACGAAGCUGUGUAUCACAUGUUCAAUGUGCUAAAUCUCAACGAACUCAUAAAUAAACUGAAUGGCGGAGGCUUCAAUCAGGAGCUUUUCACAGGCAUGGUCAACGCAAAUGAGGUGCUGAAACUGCCUGGGGGCUUCACUACAAAAUGUUUGGAUGAAACGUAUUCGUUGGCAAGGUAA